GCAUCCCUCCCUUUGGCUCAUAAAUAGAUAGUGUGUCCUUCACCACCCAUUCACUAAAGAUCGCGUUUUGUUUAUAGCGAAGAUUUGGAUUCCCAUUGAACAACAUUUCCCCCCCACGAAGGAUGCUAUGGUAGUUCCCAUUCUCCCGCUGAAGACUACACUACCCAGAGUACUAAACGAGCAGAGCCGCCCUACUUCCUCUUCACUGCGAACUUGGGCGGAAGUGAAGGGGGCUACUUUCGAAAACAAUCCACAGGUGACAGAGAAGACGAAGAAGGAGAAAAUCUUGACUGGACACGAUUGAAGUGGCUCACAUGAUUUUUACUGAACGGGGCAUUGUCCCAAGUAAGGUUUUUUUCUGUGGUAGAGUGCUGAGGAAGAAGAGAAAUCAGAUUGUUUGCCCAGAACAAAGAUGGCGCCUGAACUUCCGGAAUGACAGUGAGAGUCCACACAACAAAACAAGGACACUGAAGAUGAAUUGUCUCCUGCAGGGGCGUGAUCGCCCAGAACGUGAGGGAGGAGGUUCUAAAUGGCUAUUGGCUGGACUUUAAGGACCGCCCCUCACGCUUUUCCAAUCACAAUUAAGGAAGCUCCGCGGUUGCAGCGGCGAUUGGUGAGCGGCCUGCAGCCAAUGGGAAGAGGCCAAUUUUGGCGCGAGUGUUGAGGGGCUUCCUGCUCCGCGCCUUUGCGCCUAGCCUGGGUCCUGACCGAGUCUGAGUCCGAGUCUGAAUCUGACUCCGGGCUCGCCGCCCGCGCCAUGUUCGUGACCGACUUUCGCCGGGAUUUCUACGACGUGAUUGAAACGGAGCGAGUUCUCCUCUUUGUUGCUUCUGAUGUUGAUGCAUUAUGUGCCUGCAAAAUUCUUCAGGCCUUGUUCCAGUGUGACCACGUCCAGUACACUUUGGUUCCCGUUUCCGGGUGGCAGGAACUUGAAACCUCAUUUCUGGAACACAAAGACCAGUUCCACUAUUUUGUUCUCAUAAACUGUGGGGCCAAUGUCGACCUCUUAGAUAUCCUCCAGCCUGAAGAGGACAGGAUUUUCUUCAUCUGUGAUACCCACCGGCCCAUCAAUGUUGUGAACGUUUACAAUGACACCCAGAUAAAGCUGCUCAUCAAACAAGACGAUGACCUGGAAGUCCCUGCCUAUGACGACGUUUUCAGAGACGAGGAGGAUGAGGAGGACGAGGACGAAAAGUCGGGCCACGAGAGCGACGGGUCGGAGCCUUCUGGAAAGCGCGCUCGGUUUGAAGAGGACGUGAUCGAACGGACGAUGAAGAGGAGGCAGCGAAGAGAGUGGGAGGCCCGCAGGAAAGAAAUCCUCUUCGAUUAUGAGCAGUAUGAAUACCAUGGGACCUCAUCAGCCAUGGUGAUGUUUGACUUGGCCUGGGUCAUGUCCAAGGAUCUCAAUGACAUGUUGUGGUGGGCCAUUGUUGGGCUGACCGACCAGUGGAUACAAGACAGGAUCACUCAAAUGAAGUAUGUGACCGAUAUUGGGAUUCUGCAGCGUCAUGUCUCCCGACACAACCAUCGCAAUGAAGAUGAUGAGAACUCCCUCUCCAUCGACUGCACACGGAUAGCCUUUGAGUACGACCUGCGCCUGGCCCUAUACCAGCACUGGUCUCUCUAUGACAGCCUCUGUAACACGUGCUACACGUCAGCUAGGCUCAGGCUUUGGUCUGUCCAGGGCCAGAAGCGGCUUCAGGAGUUUCUGGCUGACAUGGGGCUCCCACUAAAACAGGUUAAGCAGAAGUUUCAGGCCAUGGAUGUCUCCUUGAAAGAGAAUCUGCAGGAAAUCCUCGAAGAGUCUGCAAACAAAUUCGGGAUGAAGGACAUGCGGGUGCAGACUUUCAGCAUCCACUUUGGGUUCAAAAACAGGUUCCUGGCCAGCGACGUGGUCUUCGCCACCACGUCCUUGCUGGAGAACGUUGAGAAGGACGCCUCCGGGACGGACAACUUCAUCAGGGCCUUGGACAGUCUCUCCAGGAGUAACCUGGCGCAGCUCUACCAAGGCCUGGAACUGGCCAAGAAGCAGCUUCGGGCCAUCCACCAGACCGUGGCCAGCUGCAUCUGCACCAACCUCGUCAUCUCCCAGGGGCCUUUCCUCUACUGCUACCUCAUGGAGGGCACGCCGGACGUCAAGCUGUUCUCCAAGCCAGUGUCACUGGGCCUGCUCAGCAGAUAUCUGCUGCAGUCCUUCAUUUGUUCAACAAAGAACAAGCGUUGUAAGCUGCUGCCUCUGGUGAUGGCCCCGAUGAGCGUGGAGCACGGCACCAUGAUCAUGGUGGGGAUCCCCCCUGAGACGGAGAGCUCCGACAAGAAGAACUUUUUCGGGAGGGCGUUUGAGAAGGCCGCCGAGAGCACAAGCUCCAGAGCCUUGCACAAUCAUUUUGACAUGUCCGUCAUUGAGCUCAAGGUGGAAGACCGAGGCAAGUUCCUGGAUGCACUGAUUUCUCUGCUGUCAUGAGGCUCCUGGAAUCCUUCCGACGAAUUCGUCUGGAUCGUAAAUACUGGCUGCACGUUUGUGAUGCUUUUAUAGACUGGGUGUAAAUUAUUAACAAGAUUUUAGCUCUAGGGAAAAAUGAUCAUAUCCUUUGAACACAAUAAACUGCGCUUCUUUGGG